CCCCUCCUACGUGAGCCUGGUUUGGCAGAGAGCUUGCUUGGAUUUGGUGUCCAAUCUGUAGCGUCCUAAAACUCACUUCUUCCGAUUUCAAAUAAUUUUCCAUCCUUCGCGACACUCUUCUUCUACGAGCCUCACAGCCCAUCACUCGCGAUGGCUUCUACCGGCACUGGAGGCACUUUGCCACCCAACUUUCUUUUGACCCCGCAACAGCAGAACCUUCUCUUUGCUGCUCUCAACUCCAAUAAGCAGCAGCUUGCUGGUUCUACCGCCAACAACGCUGUGUCUGCCCCGAACAACUCUUUCCGCAACUCCGCCAGCCAACAAAAGCCCGCUCAGGCCUCAGCUUUCCAGGAGAGUCCCUUCCUCGACAACUAUGACUAUGACUUUGGCGACUCUGGCUUUGAUUUCUCUUUUGCCAGCGAGGAUCAGCCAUCUAUGAUUGGAGACCUUCCUGGUACCACCGCCGAUUCAACAAACAAUGCCGCAUCGGUAGCUUUGUCCGACUCUUCAGAGACCGAGACUCCCGAGAAACGCAGCUACCCAGAUGAUGAGGACGAUGAAGACAGCCCAGGUCAAGAACACAAGCGUCGCGAAAGCUCCGGCAAGGUUCCCAAGAAGCCCGGCCGUAAGCCUCUUACAUCCGAGCCUAGUUCGAAACGUAAAGCUCAAAACCGAGCUGCUCAGCGUGCUUUCAGAGAACGCAAGGAGAAGCACCUGAAAGAUCUCGAGACAAAGGUUGACGAGUUGGAAAAGGCUUCCCAGGCCGCUAACCAUGAGAAUAGCAUGCUGCGAGCACAGGUUGAGCGUAUGACGGCUGAACUCAACCAGUACAAGCAAAAGGUCACUGUCAUGUCAACCACCAAAUCUCUGCCUCGAGAAAAGGUUCCCUUUGGUAGUGCUGCUGUUAGCAACCUUGGCGAUGUUAACUUUCAGUUCGAAUUUCCCAAGUUUGGCAUGCUCCCAGGCCCUCCUACCAAUAAGCCUAAAGGAUCAUCACCUACAAGCCCAGACCAACAAAAGGCUUCUUACCCAAGCCCCAACAACAACAUGAAUAAUAACGCGCAAUCGGCACAACAAUUCAAGGACGAUUUAGCCAAGUUCUCGGGUGUUUUUAGCCCUUCCAUGUCAAGUUCGGCCACCAACCCUUCCCGCACAAGCGUCGACUCUGGAAACUACAGCAUCAACGGCGCCUCAAGCUCCCCAUCUGCUUCAUCGCAUUCAAACACUGGUCCCAGCUCUUCUUGUGGUACCUCGCCUGAACCCUUCAACCAGUCGCCUAUGGGUUUCAAGCCUGUUGAUACGAUGACUACCAUCGGUGAGGAACAGUCCGGCCAGAACAAUGCUAGCCAAUUCGGCAAUGUCGAUCUCAACAGCACCAACUUUGACUGGCUUUCGCAACAGAACGGUGGACAAUUCGACCCACAACUCUUUGGCGAUUACCGCGAGCCUCAAGCCAAUGUUUUGUCCAACCCAUCGUUUGACGACUUCUUCAACGAUGCUCUUGACAGUGAUUUCUUUACUCCUUACAACAUGGCACCCAACAGCCCCAAUGCUCAGGCGAACAACCAGCACAAGAAGGCUUCCAAUCUGAUCGAUCAGAUUGAUGCUCAGAAGGAGUCUUGUGACGACGAGCCCCCCAAGAAACAGAACAUGAACUGCAAUCAGCUUUGGGAGAAACUCCAAGCUUGUCCCAAGGCACAGACUGGCGAGUUCGAUCUGGACGGUCUUUGCUCCGAGCUUACCAAGAAGGCCAAGUGCUCUGGCACAGGGCCCGUGGUGGCGGAAACCGACUUUGACACCAUUCUUCAAAAAUACAUGGGCAAAGAUGUUUCCAGCAGUUGUGUUGCUGAGAAGUUGGGUGUAGAACUUUCGUCUACGAAGCCCAAUUCGGAGGCGCACCUUGGUCUAUCAGCUUGAGACCGGGCUUACCAACAAGAUCCGGCUGUACACUACGAACCUCGGCAACAUACCCAGCUACCAGCUACACAAUGAUUACGGCGUUUACAACAGAAAGGAAGGAAACGGAAAACCUAGGGGAUUCCGGCGCUUGAUUUGUCACUAUCAGAGAUGGAAUUGAAAUGCAUGGAAAGGAGAAUGGGAUUACCCAAAGGCAUAUUGAUGUAUUAUGCCUACAAACUACCGGCUUUUAAGCUCAAGCUUGAGGCUUUUGAAGGUUUUUAUUUGAAGUUUGCUUUGGACAGGGGUCUUUUGCUGUUAUGAAUAAUUAUGACUUGAUUCUUGUUCAAUUUCUAGGUAAAUGGUUUAUUAAGAAAACGAUAUGAAUCUGCAUUGGCGGAAGUGCACUACUAUACACGUGUAUGCAUAUGAGGGACAAUUCACUAUUCCUUUUGA